AUGGAGUCCUCGGCCAGUAGUCCUCCUCCUCCGGGUUUCGAUCAUAUGCACAUAGACGAUCAUAUGCAGACAGAUAAAUCAGAUUGCGAGGCUGUGUUACCCAUCCCCGAUGGAAUUCCAGAUUCUAAAUUGGAGGACUUUGUUCUGCAAAUGAAAUCGACUGUGGGACGUUGCUAUACAGUCACACUGGAUCGGGCUUCUCGAACUAUCGCAUUCUCUCGCCAACCACGGAAGCUGAUUAUUCCUGGUCCUGUGUUGAACAAAUAUGGCUUUCUUGAACUCACCACUUUCACUGAGUCCUUCCCUGAAGAACGAGCAACAAAGUUGAAAGACGCAUGGCCUGAGGUUGAAUUAAUCUUACGUCGCAAGUCCAUUUCAUGUGUUCUGGAUCUUGCCAACUGUUGCAUGUGUGUCUUGACAACCCCAUCGCUUAAGGAUCCCUGUAUGAUUGAAAAGGCUUGGCAUCUCCUUAAACUGUUGUCCACGAGCCUUGUUCCACCAUAUAUGGCGUUAGAAAUAUUCCAAAAUGUUAGGCAAGAGGAAACCAUCAAUAUAGGCUUUCAGCAGGGUGGGAUUUGCUCAAAUUUUGGGAUCAAGAAGGUAGAUGUUGGACAGACUCUUAUCAUGUACGUUUUCUUUGUAGCAUACUCUGUGGAUGAUUAUCUUAAACGAUGGGAAUGUCUCUUCUGCUCGCUAAAGGUGUAUAAUCUGAAGGCUGUUGUAGAAGACUGUAUAACCAGGAAUGUGUGUCCUAUGACCUAUGAAUCGAUGGAUGAUCCACAUUCCAAACACACGGAAUUCUUGAAGUCUGGUUCUGUGUCGAAGAAAGAUGGAAUGCCUGAAGUCUGCUCGCUAUAUACGUUACUCCAUGAGAAACAAGUAUUGAAGUUGCAGGAAUCUUUGCCAAAGCUUGAGCCUUCCCUAAAGAAAUAUGGCAUUUCAUAUACUCUGGAUAAGAAUUCCAUGGUAUUGUCAACAACCAGAGGUACCAAGAAUCCAGAUAUCAUUGACAAGGCUUGGCAGCUCCUUGAACUUUUGUCAACAACUCAUGUUCCAGCAUCUAUGGCAAUAGAAGUAUUGGAUUGCAUGCAAACUUGCCUCAUAAAAAUUGGGAAUCAAGAAGGUGGACUAUGCUCAUUAUAUGGGAUCAAGGAGGAGGACUACAGUGAACGAUGGGAAUGUCUUCGCCACUCCCUACAGAUAGUUGCUGAAACAGUGGAGUGUAGUUUAUUUCUGAACGAUAACACUUUUGCUGCUGUGGGAGAAACCUCAGUAGGAAUGAUCAAGCAGCCUGUGAAAAAUUGCAUUAUUCAUAAUGUGUGUCCUGGGACCGUUGCUAGGGAUCAUAACUGGUUAUCAAGAGGCUUUAUAAGUACCGAGGACCCCCAUGUACAGCACAUGGAAACGGAAAAUUCUGGGUCAGCGAUGAGGGUCAGGCCUGAACUCACCUCUCUCUAUACCUACUUUAAAAUGGAACAAGGAACUCAGGUGGAAAACGAUUGGAAGAUUGUGGAAGAGUGCUUAAAGAAGCAUGGCUUUUGUUGCAAACUAAUUACUGAGGGCAAUUACUGUUCCAUGAUAGUCUCCAGAACUACAAACACUGGGGGUCCAGAUAUUACCAACAAGAUUUGGGAUUUCCUUAAACUUUUGUCAAUUGAUCUUGAGCCUUCUACGGCAAUAGAAGUUCUGAAUGGUUCUAUGCAUUAUGACUUCAUCCCGACGGGGUAUGAAUAUGGCACGUUAUGUUCAAAGUUUGGGGUCACUGAGGAGCAAUAUGCAGAAGUGGUGUGGCCACAUAUUCAGAGGGGUUCAGAGAGUGUUGCGUCUUAUCUGAAUUGCGAGUUCAUUAUAAUGCCUGGCUUUAUUGCUGUCUUCGGACCUGGGGAACUACGGGCGUUCAGAGGGUUUGUGUAUCGGUCCUUUCGUUUGAGACCUUUUCCAGUGAUGAAAUUUUGGCGUGGGAAAAAAGAUUCUGAAGUGGAGGGAUUUGUUCAGCAAUUGAAAUCGACUUUGGGAAUUGGCUAUACAGUCACACUGGAUAUGGCAUUUGAAAUAUUCAAAGACGUUAGGCAACAGGAGAUCAUCAACAUAGGAUUUCAGAACGGUGGGAUUUGCUCAAAUUUUGGGAUCAAGAAGGAUGAUUAUCUUAAACGUUGGGAAUGUCUCUUCUGCUCACUAAAGGUGUAUAAUCUGAUCUACUUUUUCCCUUUGGAUUUAUUGAAGUUGCAGAAAUCUUUGCCAAAGCUUGGGUCUUCCCUAAGGAAGUAUGGCAUUUCAUAUACUCUGGAUGAGAAUUCCUUGAUAUUGUCAACCACCAGAGGUACCAAGGAGCCAGAUAUCAUUAACAAGGCUUGGCAGCUCUUUGAACUUUUGUCAACAACUCAUGUUCCAGCAUCUAUGGCAAUAGAAUUAUUGAAUGGCAUGCAAACUUGCUUAAUCAAAAUUGGGAUUCAAGAAGGUGGACUAUCUUCAUUAUACGGAAUCAAGGAGGAGGAAUACAAUCAACGAUGGGAAUGUAUUCGCCACUCCCUAGAGGUGCUUUUUACUGAGUUGAUGCAUUUUAUACUUGCUGAAACGGUGGAGUGUAAUGUAUUUCUUAACGAUAACACUGUAGCUGCUGUGGGGAAAGACUCAGUAGAAUUGGUCAAGCAGUUGGUGCAACAUUGCAUUCUGUAUAAUGUUUGUCCUGGGACCGCUGCCAGCAAUUAUAACCUUUUAUCACAAGGUAUAAGUAUUGAAGACCCACAUAAACAGCAUGUGGAGAUGGAAAAUUCUGCGUCAGCGAUGAGGAUCAUGCCUGAACUCUCCUCUUUCUGUACCUUCUUUUAUGGAAAACAAGUGACUCAGUUGAGAAAUGAUUUCAAGAGUGUGGAAGCGUACUUAAAGAAGCAUGGCUUUUCUUGCCAACUUUUCAGUGCGGUCGAGUACUGUUACAUGAUGGUCUCCAAAACUACAAACACUGGGGAUCCAGAUAUUAGCAGCAAGAUUUGGGAUUUCCUCAAACUUCUGUCAACUGAUGUUAAGCCUUUUAAGGCAAUAGAAGCAGUGAAUGGCGGUCUACAUUAUGACUUCAUCCCCACGGGGUAUAGAUAUGGUAAAUUCUGUUCAAAUGCUGGGAUCACUGAGAUUGAUAUGUAUAACAUUAGAAUCUUUGAAGUUAUGGGAAAAAAAUGGCAAGUGGUCACUUACGGCUUUUCUGAUUUUGACCAUGUACAGGAGGAUUUUGCUAAAGUGGUGUGGCCACGUAUUGAGCUCGGCAUAAAGGAAAUUUCAUCUCAACUGAAGUUGGAGUACUUCAUAAGUCUGGAUUUUAUUGCUGUCAUGGGAGUUAGAGGAGUAGAGGUACUCAGACAUUUUGUGUUACAGUGUUUUUGUUUGAGGAUGCCUACGGCUAUUUCGAUGCGGCUCUGCUUCUUCUUCCUCCUCAAAAUCAUCAAAGACUCAAACUUUGAUUCCAAAUUUGCAGAAGAAAUCAUGGGGAAGACUGAAAAGACCGAAAAGGCCAAAGAGAGAAGAGAAAAGCGACGCCAGGAGAUCUCUCUUCUCAGAACCAUCCCUUAUUCCGAUCACCAAAGGUGGUGGUCGGCUGAAACCAUUGCGGUGGUGACCGGAGGCAAUAGGGGCAUUGGAUUUGAAAUCACUAGGCAACUUGCGGCGCAUGGAUUGACUGUGAUACUCACGUCCCGAGACCCUGAGGUGGGAUGUGAAGCUGCUAAGGUGUUACAGGAAGGGGGUCUAAAUGUGUAUUUUCAUCAGCUGGAUGUGUUGGACCAAGUUUCCAUCAAAGAGUUUUGUGACUGGUUGGUGGAAAACUAUGGUGGUUUGGAUAUUCUGGUGAAUAAUGCAGCUGUUAAUUUCAAUCAGGGGUCUGAUAAUUCUGUGGAGCAUGCAGCGCAAGUGUGCACUACGAAUUAUUAUGGCACCAAGAACAUGAUCCAAGCGUUGAUCCCCUUGAUGAAGCAUUCAUCUGCCGGGGGUCGUAUUGUUAAUGUGAGCUCGAGAUUGGGUAGACUAAAUGGCAAACGAAAUAGAAUUGAAGAUCUGAAUUUGAGAGAACAACUUUCCAAUGUGGAAACGCUCACAGAGGAAAUUAUUGAUGGAGCAGUAGACAGUUUUCUAAAACAAGUAGAAGAGGGCACAUGGGAAUCAGGUGGUUGGCCCCAAACGUUUACUGACUACUCGGUAUCAAAACUUGCUGUCAAUACUUACACCAAGCUAAUGGCAAAGAUACUCUCUGAUAGACCAGAAGGUCAGAAGAUCUUUAUCAACUGUUAUUGCCCAGGUUGGGUAAAGACUGCUAUGACGGGCUAUGCUGGGAACAUAUCAGCUGAAGAAGGAGCUGACACUGCAGUUUGGUUGGCUUUGCUUCCAGAUCAGGCAAUAACGGGGAAAUUUUUUGCUGAGAGACGUGAGAUUAAGUUUUGAGGUCAUCUGGCUGAAGACUGACAGAGUUUGUCAGUUUGUGAAAUAGUUCAUGGUGUAUUCUGGACUGAGUAUCCACCACAACUAAAAUGAAACUAAAAUUUCUAUUGUAAAACAAGUCUCUAGCGCUGCAUUAUGCCGUGAAGGAAUACCUUGGCACCGUUGAUGAAGAUAGUCAGCAACUUCCAUUGUAGGACGGAGACAAAAAAGAUAGAUCCUCUGAUGAAAAUUGUAUCAGCAUAGGUAUGUCACUCGUUUUUGUA